ACCAACUGCAAAACCCUAGGCCCCGCCUCUCUCUCAUCAUUUCCCUCCCUCUCCGAGUCCCUGGCUGCUCUCUCUCUCUCCUGCUGAGGAUUUUCUCUCUGUUAUACUUUUGCUAAUCAUGAGAUUGCUGAUUUUCAGUUUCUGGUGAAUAACUGUCUUGCUAUUUAGAGAGAGCGUUUUUGUGAUGUUUUCCUGAUUAGGAUACUGAAAGCUGGGAUUAUUUGAGGACGGAAGGGUUUGUGAGCAACGAAAUAGAAUAAUGUCUCCCAGAGAUAAGCAAUCAAGAAUCCAUAAACAGAAAAGGCGGACAAGGAGUUCGAAGAAUAAGUAUUUGAAACCAGGUGCUCUUGCUCAGCUUCGGUAUAGUAAGGCGUCAGCUGCCAAGUCCUGUACGGAUCUUGGAAAGAAAAGGAUUGCUGUGAUGGAUGCAGAUGAGCCGAGUGUUGAUGCUGAACUUGAAAGUGAAAUUAUUGCUAAAAGUCCCCUGAUUUUAUCUCCCGUUGGGUUUAGAUUUGGUUCUGUGUGUUCACCAUUUGAUAUGUCAAAGGUGAAUAAUUUGCAAAAGACUCCAAAGACACCUGGGGCUGAAGUUUUCGAGUCAGAGUCUCAACUUGAAUCUCUCCCAAUGGAUUUGCUGGUGAAAAUACUUUGCCACCUUCACCAUGACCAACUCAAAGCUGUCUUCCAUGUGUCCCAGAAGAUCAGAAAGGCUGUGAUUCAAGCAAGACAGUUCCAUUUUAAUUAUACUACUCCAGAUCGAACUCGUCAAGAGAUGUUGAGGAUCAUGACUCCUCUUCCUACAGAUCACUGGCCUUUUGUGAGCAAGGGUGAUGGGAAAGAUUUGGUUCCCAGCCCACACACCCCCAAGGCACCCAGGCAUGGUCCCCGCCCUCCUUCUCGUCUGAAGAACACUGAAAUGCGGCAAAUUGCAGCCGUUCUCUUCCAGGAAUCAGCAUUUCCUUCGAGGUGCUUGGUGCCAUCUGUUCUGUCAAAGCCUUUAUGCAAAUCUCUAGGUUCCAACCGAGUUCUAUUCUACGAAGAUGAACUGUGCCAGGCCGUCGCACAGAAUAAACUUCUUUGAUUUUAUUGCAGCGUCUUCCGUAGCUCCUUUGUGUGUGUAUAUAUAUGGUAGCACUAGUAGUGGAGGGGUUGCAGUUUUGUCAGGUUAUGGGAGCACUUAUUGGAGUUAUGGUGAUUGAAGAUUGGGUUAAUUAGAGGUUUAGGUCUUCUUAAGAUUGUGAACCAAUAAUAAUGGGUGGGGUCAGUCAGGUCUUGUGCAUAGUUUUCCUGUACAACGGAUUUUAAAUUUAAUAGCUAUGUGGCGCAACAUCUAGUUCGCCUGAUUUGGAAUUUCAUCCAAA